AUGUCUCCUCUGCUGUUCCUGCAGGUGUUCCUCCAGGUGCUCCUGCUGCUGGUCAGCAGCUCCGAGGCCUACAAACCUGUCAUCAUUGUGCACGGACUGUUCGACGGACCAGACGACUUCAUAAAUCUCACUGACUUCAUCCAGGAGACCCACCCCGGCACUAAUGUCACCACUCUGGACAUGUAUGACUAUUGGAAGAGUCUUACGCCUCUCUGGACUCAGGUGGAAGGCUUAAGGUCUCUUCUGGAGGCCAAGCUGAACCAGUCCGAAGAGGGUGCCCAUCUGAUCUGCUUCUCUCAAGGAGGUGUGAUCUGCAGAGCGCUGCUGUCUGUGAUCCCAAACCACAACAUUCACACGUUCAUCGCCUUGUCCUCUCCUCUGGCCGGACAGUUCGGAGAUCCUCAUAACAGAGACCUUUACCUUGAGAAAGACGACUUUCUGCCUCUGAUCAACGGAGAGACCCAGCACAAGGAUCUACCAGAGUGGAAGAAGAACUUCCUGCAGAUAAAGAAGAUGGUUCUGAUCGGAGGUCCAGACGACGGGGUCAUUACUCCGUGGCAGUCCAGUCUCUUUGGAUUUUACAACAAGAAGCGAGAAGUGGUGGAGAUGAAGAAUCAAGAGGUGAGUCCUGCACUUUAUAUCUGUGUGUUUUUCCCCUCUCCUUCCUCGGCCAUGGCCAUAGCUGCAUGUUGA